GGAGGAGGAGAGGGAGGAGGUGCGCAUAUCUGCAGGUCUCUAGCGCGGUCGUAAAACAAGUCUGCAGCCGAACCGAGCCGAACCGAACCAUGCCGGGAGUCACCAAAUACAACCUGGUGGACGACGCGCUGGACCUGAGGCUCCCCAUGCACAACGAGGAGGUGUUCAAACAUGGGGUCUGCUUCGAGGCAAAGUACAUCGGCAGUCUGGAGGUGGGUCGACCCGGCAGCCGGAUGGAGAUCGUUGCUGCGAUGAGGAGAAUCAGAUAUGAAUUCAAGCUGAAAAACAUCAAGAAAAAGAAGGUGAACAUUCUGGUUUCCACCGAUUGUGUCAAAGUGCUGCUGCGCAAAAAGAAGAAGAGAAAAGGCUGGUCCUGGGACGAGAACUCUGUCUUGGUGACACAAGAUCCCAUCUACAGGAUCUUUUACGUCUCACAUGACGCUCAGGACCUGAAGAUUUUCAGCUACAUAGCCAGAGAAGGAGACGGCAACGUUUUCCGCUGCAAUGUCUUCAAGUCUAAGAGGAAGUCUCAGGCCAUGAGGAUCGUUCGGACCGUGGGCCAGGCCUUUGAUGUGUGCCACCAGCUGACACUGCAGCAGAAAUGUGACGAGCAAGAUGAUGAAGAGGAGGGGAAGUUAGAGGAGCCGGAAGCAGCAGCAUCAGCAGCAAAGAAGAGGCUGACGCUGUCAGAGGAGACGGACCUUGAAGCCACCACGGAGGAGAGCAUCGAGUGCGUCUCCUCCUCAGACCUGGAGAGGAACAAAAAGGACGAAGCUCUGGGAGGGAAGGUGUCCGAUGAGGACCSUCUCAUGCCGGGACCAUCUGCAUCGGGUCAGUCUAAAGCAGAGGCCUCCUGCUCUGCAGAGCAUCAGGUCCAGCUGCUGCAGAAACAGCUGCAUCAGCAGGAGCAGCAAGCACUCGCAGCUUCAGCUCAGGUUCACGUGCUCCAGGAGCAGCUGUCGGUGGAGUCGUGUGCGCGGACCGAAGCCCAGGCCCGGGUCCAGAGGCUGCUGCAGCAGAACACGGACCUGCUGCAGCACAUCUCGCUGCUGGUYAAACAGAUCCAGGAGCUGGAGCUCAAAUCUGCUGGACACUUAACUUCAAUGGGCUCCCAGGACAGUCUUCUGGAGAUAACGUUCCGUGCCAGGCCCUCCAGUGAGUCCUGUGCACCUCUCACUCCUUCUUCAUCUUCAGGCCCGUUAGCAGUUCAGUCCCAGCUGCAGGGCGGUGACGGCGCCUGGUUCUCCGCUCUGCCGGGGCCCUGUUCUCCGGGCGCCGACCCCUUCCCGUUGGGGCCCGGCGGCAGCGGGGUUCGGCUCGAGUGCUUCCGUUUCUCCGCGCUUGGGCCGGACGUCGGGCCGGACGGCCAGGCGCCAGGUCAGGACACGGGAGAGACACCCAGUGACGAAAGCUCGCUGCUGGGGGAGCAGGUCCUUGGAGCCCUGGAGUUACUUCGUUUUCGGGAAUCCGGGAUCGGAUCGGAGUAUGAAUCGAACACGGAUGAGAGUGAUGACCGUGACAGCUGGGGUCAGGGGGAAGGGGGCGGGGCUGAGGUUGCAGCUCGGCUCUUGAACGUGAUGAACGCUGAGAGCCUGUCGGACUGUUUAGGUGAUGAGAUGGCUGUUUAGUGGUGCUCUGAAAGCAGAUUUAAACUUAUGCACCAAGAACCUGAAAGACAUUGUUACACAUAAGUUACUGUGGCAGAAAAAAAAACUUUUGAAUUUGUUGUUAUAAAGUCUGUGAAACUGAAUCCAAACUGUGCUUUUCUGUGUUUUUCCUUUGAUUUCUGUCUGUUUCUAAAGUAACAUUUUCAAGAGUUCUUCUCUCUGUCCUGUCAGAAACAUCAACUUCUUAUUUGUUGUUUAUUUAUGUUACAGAUUUUUCUCUCAGCUCUGCUACGAGUCUAUCAGGAGCUUAAUUAGCAGCCAGAGCAGAUUUUCUAUCCAGCUGUGAAACAAAUUUAUAGGAAACAUUAUAAAACAACUGUCUGGUUGUUUCUGAAGUGUGGUUUUGUCAAAUUGUUUUUACCAAUUAGAGUUUAUCAGUCACGGAGUGCAGAGAGUGGAGAAAAGGGCAGAAGUUUUCAUCUAGGCUAGGCUAAUGCUAACAAAGUGAUGGCUAGUUUAAUUUUUUCAUUUUACUUUUUAACUAUCAGGAUUUURAAACGCAUCACUAAAAUGGUUUGAAAGAACACUACAUGAGUUAACAUCAGACCUCUUUUGCAUGAAACAUUUGUUUAGUUUGUUUCUUUAUUCGCAACUCUAUCUUAUGUGAUGCUUAAUAAAUUUGUGUUUUGAGCAUAAAUGCCAGCGAGGAAAUAAAGAUCUCUGAUUAGAUCAACAUUUAAAUUGCUCUUUUUUUCCCAAACUCCCUGCUCUGACAAAAUGCUGACAUUUAUUUAACAGAACAUCACUUAAAAAAUGAGCAAAUUCUCCCCUAAUAAUAGUCAUACAUUAAAAACCAUAAUGCACUUUUGGUGUGGAACAAAUAUAUUUGUUUUAAAUGCUUUUUUUCUAUUCACUGCACUCUGAUUCAUUAUUUAUUUUCAUUUAUUUUUGUUUUUACAUCAUGUCAAGGGAUUAGUGAGGUGUUUCAAUUAAAGUUUUCCUUUUUUUCAUGUUUCAUAUCAAAAUAUCCAUAAAAAAACAAACCAACUAAUGUCUGUUGGUGUACAUUCAUGCAGGACACAGAAAUUCGGAGAGGUUUUUGAGUCAACUGGACCUAUUUUCUUAUUUUUAAUCUCCCUUUAAAAGUAAAAGGCUGACAGCAAUGUUUAAUAAUAAUGUAUUUAAUCGGGUCUGUUAACAAAAUUUGUCAUGAAUCACCAAACGGAUUUUAAUAGAACUUUCAGAAAUUAGUCAUCUGAUGUUCAUCUACAGCUCAUUUAUUUCUGGAGUCAAUCCAAUUUAAGAUGGCCACCACAGCUAAUCAAACCUAUCAAACAUAAAAAUGUCUAAACCUCAAUCAGAUUUGCAAAUAUUGAGCUCAGGUUUGAUACGAUAAUGACUCCCAACCAAACUUUGCAGUAACACACCACACUGCACGUUUAAACUGUUCCUCAAAUGAGAAAAACUCUUUUAAAAAAUAAGAAAAUGAGUCCCGUUGCCUUUAUAAAACUCAGAAUCAAGUAUUGUCUGCUGCAGCUUCUUUGCUACAGAAAUUUUUCAGAACUCAAAAAUGUUUCAGUCCUGAAGAACUUGAGUCAACAUUUUGUUGCACAUUCCAAAAAUAAAUUCAAACAGAUGUAAAAACUGUUGAAACGUCAGGCUUCUAUCACCAUGUUUUGUAGUUUACUACUUAUGGUGUAUUUUUAAAGUUUUUUUUUUUUUUGUCUCAGGUCAAAUCAUGAAGAAAUCAAAUGUAUGUGGUGAAAURUUGAGUCUUGUGGCGUAUAUUACAUACUUGUAACGUUCAUGAUGAUAUGUAGGGAGAGUUUUAGCAUACUGACAGCAUAAGCUUUGAUUCUUUGUUGUUACCUUCUUGUUUUUGUUGGUGUUGCAUUUUGUUAUUAAUACAUGUGAUGUUGCUGUA